AUGAAGAACUUCAAUAACUUUAUUGAUGACACAAACUUGCGAGACCCAAACCUCUUGAAUGCCUCCUUUACAUGGUCUAAUUUUAGGGAAAACGCAGUGUGCAGAAAACUUGACAGAUUCCUCUUUUCUGAAGCUUGGGAAGAUUCCUUCCCUCAUGUUAAACAUACGGCGUUGGCAAGAGUUACUUUUGAUCACUGUCCAAUUCGGCUGGACACCUCUAAUUUGAAAUGGGGUCCCGGCCCUUUCCGUUUUGAAAAUAUGUGGAUAGACUACCCGUAUUUUAAGAAGAAAUUCAAACUGUGGUGGGGGGAAGAUCAGAUUAACGGAUGGGAGGGUUACAAGUUCUCUAGAAGGCUGAGAACUAUAAAACAGAAAAUAAAGGACUGGAAUAAAGAAGUAUUUGGGGAUUUGGUCUCUGCAAAGAAAGAGGCAGAGGCUAGAAUUGCUGCUCUUGAUUUGAUGGAAGGGCAGGGAGGGUUAGAUAAUAUUCUGAGAAAAGAAAGGGAAGAUUUAUACUUUAAGGUGAGUGAUUUAGUCCACAAAGAAGAGGUGAAGUGGAGACAAAGGGGGAAAAUCCAGUGGGCAAGAGAUGGGGACAGCAACACCAAGUUUUUCCAUCGCAUAGCAAGUGGCAGAAGGAAAAGGAAUUUUAUUCAAAAGCUGGAAGUAGCGGGCGAUGGUGUGGUUGUUAGUGAAGGGGAAAUAGAACUGGAGAUAAUUAACUUCUUCAAAAAUCUAUAUAGCAGCAACGCAGAGGCAGGGUGGUGCUUGGAAGGUCUGAAUUGGAAUGCAAUUAGUGUGGAGGAGGCUGAAUGGCUGGAGAGACCCUUUGAAGAGGAGGAGGUUAAAAGGGCGGUUUUCGACUGUGGGAUUGAUAAAUCGCCAGGUCCAGAUGGGUUUUCCAUGCUUCUUUUUCAAUCUUGCUGGGAUAUUGUGAAAGAGGAUCUUAUGAAAGUUAUGGUGGACUUCUUCAAUUGUGGUAUAAUCAAUGCAAUCACGAAUGAGACGUUUAUUUGCCUCAUUCCCAAAAAGAAGGAAUCCAUUAAAGUUAGUGAUUUCCGGCCUAUCAGCUUGGUGACAAGUUUGUACAAAAUGGUGUCGAAAGUGUUGGCCUCUAGAUUGCGGGAAGUCUUGGGCAGCACUAUAUCUAGUUAUCAGAGUGCUUUUGUGCAGGGUAGGCAAAUUUUGGAUGCGGCCUUGAUUGCCAAUGAGGUGGUGGAGGAAAGUCGAAGGCUUAACAAGUCUGGAAUGGUGUUCAAAAUUGACUUAGAGAAAGCCUACGAUCACGUGGAAUGGAGAUUUGUUGAUGAGGUUUUGAUUAGAAAAGGAUUUGGGGAUAGGUGGAGAAGCUGGAUUCGUGGUUCCCUCGAGACGGCUAAUUUUUCUGUGAUGAUUAAUGGAAGACCAAGGGGUAAAUUUCGUGCCUCUAGGGGUCUGAGACAAGGAGACCCACUCUCCCCGUUCCUGUUCACUUUGGUGAUGGAUGUGUUAAGCAGAAUUAUGGAGAAAGCUCAAGAUGCUGAUAUGUUCCAUGGACUUUCCCCAGGGCUUGGGAUGGUGGAGGUGUCCCACCUUCAGUUCGCCGACGAUACCAUUUUUUUCAUAGAGGAUAAAGAUGAGUAUUGGAAUAAUCUACUUCAAAUUCUGGAACUGUUCUGUUUUGUGUCGGGUAUGGAAAUUAACAAAUCAAAAUGUUCUCUAGUUGGCAUUAAUCUGGAUGAUGGGCUGCUGAAUGAGCUGGCUGGGGCUUGGGGAUGCGAAGUGGGGGCUUGGCCUAUGUCGUAUUUGGGUCUUCCCUUAGGUGGGAACCCCAGGGCGAUAAAGUUUUGGGAUCCUGUUGUGGAAAAGGUGGAGAAUAGAUUACAAAAAUGGAAGCGAGCUUGCCUAUCCAAAGAGGGAAGACUCACAAUGAUUCAGGCUGUAUUGUGUAGUAUUCCGAUCUACUACAUGUCCCUUUUCAGGAUUCCCAUUGGAGUAGCCAAUAGAAUCGAGAAGCUUAUGAGGGAUUUCUUGUGGGAAGGUUUGGAUGGGAAAAGAAACCACGCUGUGAGUUGGGAGGUUGUGGGCAAGGCAAAAUUCUAUGGAGGGUUAGGGGUGGGUUCGUUGAGGGCUAGGAGUGCGGCUUUGCGGGCAAAAUGGCUUUGGCGGUUUCCUAACGAACCUCAUGCUCUUUGGCAUAAAGUGAUCAGAAGUAUUUAUGGAAUGGAUACAAAUGGGUGGGAUGCUAAACCUGCGACUCGGGGAUCUUGUCGCAGCCUUUGGAGGGACAUUUCUAGCGGCUAUAAUUUGUUUCUUCAAGGCUGUGUUUUCGAGGUAGGUUGUGGAGUUAGGGUUAGAUUUUGGGAGGAUGAUUGGAGCGGGGUGGUGUUAGAGGUGUUUCCUAGACUCUUCAAUUUGUCCAGAAAGCAAAAUCACAAUAUUUCCUCCUUUACGGGCUUAGAUGGGUUCCCUCUCAGUUGGGAUUUCAGUUUCAGGAGGAAUCUCAAUGAAUUGGAGAUAACGGAGGCGGCUAGAUUGCUGGAUUUAUUGGAGGGUGUGAGGGUGAUCACUUCUAGAUUGGAUAAGAGAAGAUGGAAGCUUGACCCCUUUGGUCUCUUCACCUGUCAUUCUUUCUGUUCUCAUAUUCAGAAUCGUGAUGAGAGGGAGAUAUUCUCCCCGUACACUCAAAUUUGGAAGGCCAAGACUCCUCCGAAAGUUAAGAUCUUUGUGUGGCAAGCGGUGUUGGGAAAACUAAAUACAGGUGAUACAUUACAGAGACGUUGUCCCUAUUUGUGCAUUAGCCCUCACUGGUGUGCUCUAUGUAAUAAGGCAGGGCAGAGCGUGGACCAUCUACUGAUUCAUUGCCCUUUCUCUCUAAAGUUGUGGGAGACACUAUUGAAGGAAGUUAACACGGUGUGGGUAAUACCAGAAGGCUGCUUUGAACUUUUUUCCAUCAGAUUUGAUGCUUUGGGAAGGGGAAAGAAAGCCAAAAUUCUCUGGGGGAGUCUGAUGCAGGCAGUGGUUUGGAACCUAUGGAUGGAACGUAGCAGGAGAAUUUUUGAGGAUUAUAAGGGAGUGGGAGUGGCAGAGUUAUGGGAUAGAGUGAAGUUUUGGGCUGCCCUUUGGGCAUCAACUUCCCCUGCCUUUAAGGAUGUACCCUAUCCUAUAAUUAUGCGCAAUCUGCUGGCUGUAGUAUCUUAA